ACAGCCCGAGCCCAGGAGGAGCUGCUGCCGCCGAGCCCGACGACUCGCGUUGCUGGCUCGCGCGGUCCGGUCGCCACUUCAUCGAAUUAUAAUCAUUUUAUCCGGCCGUCUGUCGCGCGCGGACCUCCUCGUGACCCAGCAGCAAGCAGAGCCGCACGCACUCGCCAUGGCAGCCAGCAAAGUUCCUCAAUCUCCCGAGCCCAAAAAGUUCUCACUCCUCCCAAAAAUUGUCAAUGGUGGAAUUGCUGGCAUCAUUGGUGUAUCAUGUGUUUUUCCACUGGAUCUUGUCAAGACAAGACUUCAAAAUCAGACUGUUGGUCCCAAAGGGGAAAAAAUGUAUUCCUCAAUGCUUGACUGUUUCAAGAAAACCUAUGCUGCAGAGGGCUACUUUGGAAUGUACAGAGGGUCUGCUGUAAACAUUUUACUGAUCACCCCUGAAAAAGCUAUCAAGCUCACUGCCAAUGACCUUUUCCGACACUGGUUACGUCCAGCAAAUAGCACACAGAUGCCCCUUGUCCGUGAGAUGAUCGCUGGAGGUUCUGCUGGGGCCUGUCAAAUUGUCAUUACUACUCCAAUGGAGCUUCUGAAGAUCCAAAUGCAGGAUGCGGGACGAGUAGCUGCUGCUGCUAAGCUUGCUGGUAAAGAAGUGAAACAUACAUCUGCAAUGGAGUUGACAAGAAAUUUGUUGAGGGAAAGAGGAAUUUUUGGCCUUUACCGUGGUAUUGGAGCUACUGGUCUCAGAGAUGUCACCUUUUCUGUUAUUUAUUUCCCACUAUUUGCUAGGCUGAAUGCUCUUGGGCCAAGGAAAAAUGACGGCUCCGGUGAAGCAGUAUUUUGGUGCUCGUUCCUUUCUGGGUGUGUAGCAGGUUCAUUUGCUGCCUUGGCUGUAAAUCCGAUGGAUGUUGUCAAGACCCGUCUGCAAGCUAUCAAUCCCACAGAAGGUGCCGCAUAUAAUGGUGUUGUAGAUUGCAUUACAAAAACCUUGAAGAAUGAAGGACCACUAGCUUUCUUCAAAGGAGGAGCUUGCCGAAUGAUUGUCAUAGCCCCAUUGUUUGGUAUUGCUCAGACAGUCUAUUACCUGGGUGUCGCUGAAAAUCUCUUAGGAAUUAAGUAAAUAUCUAUUGAUUCUCUUCUGUGUUAAACGUGGCCAGACAAUAAUUACCUUGGUUACUUCAUAGUCAUGUAUUUAGCACAGUAAUUUUUUUAAUGUGAGCUUAUUGCACACAUUGGGUAAAGUAAUCUUGUUAAAGUACAAUGGGCAGAAUGAUUUAUUCAUACAUAUUUUUGAAAUAUUUGCCCUGUAACAUUAUUUAUUUGUUAGAUGAUCAAAACAGUGUCUACAGUAUCUUAGUGUUGAAGGUAGAAAUUUACUGCAUAUCCUUCAAAAAUCUUUGCAAGCAUCUUGUUUGCUGUUGUUUUUUUUAGUAACAGUGGAAUGGAUGUAUAUUUCUGAUUUUAAAAUACACUUCCAUUUCAUUUUUGUUUUCCAAUUGUAUGUACAUGUUAGCCAUCUCCGUAUGGAUGCCAUAUCAUGAAUUUUCCAUCCACGUUUUCAUAUCAUAAAUUUUUUUUGUUCGUCUCUAUUGUCAUCUCUAUUUGUGGCUUCCAAAUUGUGUCAGUGAUCGUAUAUUGCUAUUUAUGCCAUAACUUUUGAAAGUCAGUACAGUAUUGGCUGCCUUGUAUUCAAGCUUUUAAUGCAGUAUUUAAAGCAUAAGUCAAUGACUUGAAAUCACCAAACAUUGUGUGUGACAUAUAAUAGUAGUACUGAGUUUAUUCAGCUUUUACCUCUGUCUUCAUAGUUUUAGUCACCUGAAACCUCAGAAAAAAACGAGGGAAGACUGAGUUCUGUUAUUAGUUAAUUUAUCAAUUUAUAGUCAAUUAGACGUUUAUCAGACAAACAAACAUGCUCUCAUACUCUACAUGAAGACUUCUUUCUGUCCUUCAGAUUGUGUUGCAUGACACUAGUGUUACUUUUAUUGUGUUCUAUUCGGUACUCAUCUUUGCCUUUACUAAUACUUCUAGCAGUUCUUUAAAGCCCUCUAUAAAAGCUUUUAAUAUUUUUUUGCUUUUUGUAUUUUGUUCUAGAAAUACUUAUGUACAGCUAUGACCUACAUAUGUAUGUAAUCCAUUCCGCCUUUGAUGUUCUUUUUGCAAUUUGUCUUAAUUGGUCAUUCCGAUGUUUGUAUUAUUUUAACUUUUUUUAGAAUUUUCAUGUAUUUACCACCUCGUUUUCAAUUACUACAAUAACUGACGGCAGGUACAGAACAAGUUGCUUUCCGAAGAUUAGGAAUUUUCUCAGAAGAACCACAUAAGAACUAUGGAAUAAUAUGACAUGAAUUGACUGUGAAACUGCUUUGCGAAAGUAACUUGUCCCAUUGAAGGAGUUAUCUUGUCUGAUUGGUAUAUCCUUGAAAACUUUCAUUUGUGCUGUUACUUGUAAAAACUAUUUAUUUUUGUGUGUGGGUUGUCAGUAAAUUGUAUUGUAAACUCUUUAAGUUUGUGGUGGAGUAGGACACCUAGAUAUUCAGCCUGUCAAGAGUUGGGAAUGGUAAAAAUUGCUCUUUGGAAAUUCUAUGUGUUACUUUGUGAGCUGGCAAAUUUUCUUUUAUUGGGGCAGUACAUCUAUGUCUUAGCAGUAUUAGGGUGCCUAUGACAAUGAAUGCUUUGUAGAGUGUUAGUGGUGCAUAUUGGAAUCUAAUACUCUCUAAUCAUUUUGCAUUAUUAAUAUUUUUAUUAUCUUUUAAGUCUUUUAGGUUGUUUGAAAUGAGUUUUACAUUCCGUUACCUCACUAUGCCAAUGCUUCUCUUGUCUAGUUUGUUGAAAUGAGUCAGGGAAGGCAUGGUAUCUUGUUACUAUCUUGCAAAUAACUAAAGCCAGUAUUUAACUAAUGGUUUUUCACCAUUCUAGUCAUUGACUAUAAAUGUUGUACUGUGCCUUACAAAUAUUUAGUUAUAUUGCUUGAUGCAAUAAUUAUUUUAUAAAACUGCUUGUUUUUUUACUCAUUGUGAUUCUGUGCUCCCUGAUUUUGAAUGUCUUAUUACCCGAGACUCAUUUAUAAAUGAAGAAGGCACUGUUUGAUUUGGAUGUUUAUUUGUGGCUGUGUUUUUGUCAUCCACGACAUUGUUUCUUUCUAUUGAAGGAAAGACUUAGUAGGUUCAUUGUUUGGAGUAAUUAAAUUGUUCUGUUGUUGGCAUUUAUUUGUUUUGUCAUGACAUUUUAUUUACUCUGUUUAUCUUAAUGGAAAUGCAUUGCUGAGGACAGAUGUUAUAAUGAAGCAUACAGAUAAAUGUGAAAUUUGCACAAAACCAUGAUCUGUAUCAUGUAAUGUUCAGAAAGCACAAUUUCUUCUGUUAUUAAUUUGGCUUAUGCAUGCACUUUAGUCUGGCCAAUCAAAGAAUGCUUCUAGGCUUCACAUAGCCGUUCAUAAGAACCUAUGCUAAGCCAGAAGCAUUCUUUUAGCUGGUUCAAGUACAUUUCAUAUUGGAAAUACUCCCAGUGAUACUUUUCUGGAACUUUGUCAUACUCAUGCAAAAACCCUUUUCCAUUUCUUCUUCACAGUUCUAACGAGUAAGCCUACGCAAUUCACAUGUCAAAACGUUUAACAUUUGUGUAUCUAAACUCUGGACUCCACAUGGAUGUUUUGUAGUUUUGUGUGCUUUUGACAAUAAAAAAUGUAGAUGGAACAAUA